CCGGGGCUGUUGCUGCGCGUGUGCAGUUUUAAUUCAAAAUUCGCCAUCCCAAAGAGCAAUCUGUUCUUUUUGUGAACAACACGAACUUGGUUCAAACCGGGAGGCCAGGCUAUGAUAACGUGAGCUUUGGGCAGCCGCGACAGGAGCACGAAGUGCCUGGAGCCACCAUGCUGGAGGUUUUCUGGUGCUCUAAAACAUUCCAAUUCUUUCAUUCUACACGUUCAUUUGCAGUUUACUUUAACUGUGCAUGGCAGUAAUAAAUAACAAUAGUGCCAUAUUUUGGUCUAAAAAAGACAAAGCUAUCUUUUGCCAGCCAAAUGGAUUUCACCCCGAGCCUCUGUGUGUAUAAGGUGUCUCAGGUGGCCACGACAGCUGCGCAACAUGCCGGGUUGAGAUUGUUUGGUUCUAAUAACCAAUAAUGGUUCACGGAAAGGGGCCAGACACAAUUUCCUGAAGGAGCAGAACCAAGCAGUUCACAUAGAUUUGCCAAGGGGCCGUCCGCCUGUAUAAUCAUCCUCUACUUUGAAGGAUGAUCUCAACAAGCAGCUGAUCCCUGCCAAACACUCCCAUAUGAGUUGUCAACCAAGAGGUGAAGACAUGGACGACGCAUGCUCUGAAUAUGACAAUGUGGGCUCUGAUGUGGAGCAGGACUAUGAUGAGGUACUACAUUUAAACAGGGAGGCCAUUGUGGAUACGAGGUACUACAAGCAGUACUGCCUCGAGGAUGGGGGUUACGUUAAGACCACGGCUGGUAAAAAUGGAAACGAGCGGUCGACAGCCACGCCUCGCCAAAGCAUGGAGAGACGGAAUGGGUCACAAUCAGAAAAUAAGCCCCAUAUGGCCAGCCGUUCCUUUAGGUCGCGUUCUACCCACAUACAGACUGCAGAGGUUGAAGAGGUAGGAAAAGGUCUAGAAAACAGGUUUUUCUUUUGUGACGGAGAUGAAAUAGAAGAGGUGCUGGAUGGAGCAAGAUUUAUAGAAGAUUUAGAAGAGGUAGAAGAUACUGAUCAAACACAGGCUGGCCUUUAUCACGACAAUGAAUGGAUUAGUAAGGGGUGUGAUGAAAGGGAGAAAGAAGAUGACAGUAGAAUGACAAGGAACCAUAACAUGCCGGGAACAAAUAGGAAUUGCGACUCAUCUCAUGUGAGCUCUAAGGCAGAAAGACAGGGAAAAGGACAAGGGAAGACAGCUGCAGCACAGGACAUUGAACACAUUACUUCUGGGGUUAAAGGUUGCACAACCAACAAAAAUGAUCAUCGUGUAAAGACAUCCGCCAAGGAGAGCAGAAAAGCUCCUGUGCGAAACAAAGCCAAAUACAGCAAGCAACACUCAUCCCCUCAUCAAGGCCAAGCACCAAUGAACAGCCAGAAGGCUCAAUCUCGUAGAGAGGUCACUUCUGUUCCCAGACCCUACUGUAAUAACCAGGAUGGGGAACCGAGGGUCAUCAAGCCAUCGCCACCUCUCCGUCAAACACCUGAGCAAGAGGAAAUGCCGCCCACGGAGAGCCACACUCAACAACAAGAAGUCCAGAAGCAGGAAGAGAAGCCAACCCCAGUUGAGAUGCAGCAGCCGACGAAGAGUCCAGAGCACCUCACAGAUGCUGAAAGCAGUUCCCCAAAGAAAACACAAGAAGCUGCUUCCUUCCCCAGUUUUGAAGACGUCCCAGGUCCUUGUGAGCCAGAAGAUCUUAUUGACGGAAUUAUCUUUGCCGCUAACUACCUUGGCUGCACUCAAGUGCUCUCUGACAAGAAUCCAACCAAGACUGUCCGCAUGUCACAAGCUCAUGAAGCCGUCAGUCGUAUCAAGAGCCAAGAUGAAGACUCCCAAAUGAUGACUGAAGUCGACCUGUUUAUCUCCACUAAAACCGUCAAGGUGCUCAAUGCUGACACACAGGAUACAAUGAUGGAUAGCGCCUUACGUACCAUCUCUUAUAUUGCUGACAUUGGCAGCAUAGUGGUUCUGAUGGCACGCAGGCGUUUGUCUCAGGGGUCGUCUGAGGAUUUCUCCGAAACUGUAGAGUCCAGCGGCGAAGGGAAUAGUCAGUACGGCAUGUUCUGCUAUGUCUUUGAGUCCGAAGAUGCCCAGCUCAUCGCACAGUCCAUCGGGCAGGCCUUUAGCGUGGCCUACAGAGAGUUCCUGCGAGCCAAUGGCAUCAACCCGACAGACUUGAGUCAGAAACAAUACAGUGACAUCAUCAACUCGCAGGAAAUGUACCACGACGACCUCAUCCAUUUCUCAAACUCGGACAACUGUAAAGAGUUGUGCGUGGACAAGCAAAAAGGAGAGAACCUGGGGGUUGUGAUUGUUGAGUCCGGCUGGGGCUCCAUUCUCCCCACGGUCAUCCUCGCCGGAAUGCUGAACAGCGGCCCGGCGGCACGUUCUGGGAAACUCAGUGUUGGAGAUCAGAUCAUGUCCAUCAAUGACACCAGCCUGGUGGGGCUUCCCCUUGCUACUUGUCAGGGCAUCAUCAAGGGCCUGAAGAAUCAGGUGAAAGUAAAAAUGAGUAUUGUGAGCUGCCCCCCUGUCACCACUGUCCUAAUCAAGCGGCCUGAUCUUAAGUUCCAGCUUGGUUUCAGUGUUCAAAAUGGCAUAAUCUGCAGCCUGAUGCGAGGCGGGAUCGCCGAGAGAGGCGGUGUUCGCGUCGGCCAUCGAAUCAUAGAGAUAAAUGGUCAAAGCGUGGUUGCGAUGCCGCACGAAAAAAUUGUGCAGACCCUGUCCGUGUCAGUGGGUGAGAUCAACAUGAAGACGAUGCCCGCCGUGAUGUUCCGACUCCUCACAGGGCAGGAGACGCCCUCCUACAUAUAAAGAGGCAGCAUUGAUUAGUGAUGAGCAAAGUUUUAUUUUUCUAUCAUUUUAAUCAUUUGGGGGCUCUUGUUGCAUUCUGUAAAGACUCAUUUCAGGUUUAAUCUUGAAUUACGUUGUCAUAAUGGCCUUAUUAAGUGAAUUCUGUAGUGCUGUGUGUGAGUGUGGAAGAGAAGUAGCUUUAUGGUCAUAUUUAUUUUCCUAUGAAAAGAAGUGCAUUUAUAUUUUAGUUAGUCAUUUUUAUAGUGUCUAUGUAAUUCUAAUGUAAAUACUCCAGGUUACUCAAGGACUGGAUUGAGAGGGCCAUAUUACUCGUACAGUAUAUGCAUGGUAAAAUGACAAAUUCCUGACCAGAAUUCAUGCUAAUCUAUUUCCUAAGUAUUACACAUGCACUGUCUUACGCUACGUAAAGCCACUAGACUAUGUGUUUUAUGGAGACGCUGAAGGCCAAAGACACCCCUUCAAUUUCAAAUGCAGUUUUAAGAGCUAACCUUUACAAGAGCGUAUAAGAAUGUACUUUAUGGAAUGAAUGUAAUAAUGUACCACAAAUAAUAGAAUCUCACUGCUUAAUUCUUGUCCUUUGCUUUUUCUUUUAUUCCGCUGCUGCCACUUAAAGCAUACAAGCUGACAUGUCAACAAACACAUUUUUAUGUUAUUUUUAGCUCUUUUCCUCAUUAGACUGCAGUUCAGGAACCGGCAGUCACAGAUGUUGAUAUAACACUUGAAUUUUUAUAAUCCAACAUACCGCACUGGCCCGAAUAAAAGACGGCCCCAAUUAUAAGACGACUCCCCCUUUUUCAUGCCUAAGUUUGAAAAAAGACUUUUUGAACACCAAAUUAAUUUUUGUACAGAAAAUAAUUACAGUACAUCUGAAACAAAUGAUUAUAACAAUAUAUUUGAGAGAAAAAGCAUGUUAUUUUGCCACAUUCUAAUCUUAAUAUCUGAACAUUUAAAUAUGUAAACUAAAGUGCAAUCACAUUCGUAAAUGAAUGGCUUCUGGUUUUUUAAAAUGUAAAUAAACCAAUCUAUUGUGCUAAAACAACAAAAUUGCAAUAACUGCAUUAACCAUCAAAGUGAAUGAAGUCUAACUAACUGCAGUCUUGAAACAAAUCUGAAUAAGGAAAAACAUUGCAAUAAAAUAAUGCAAACUGGUUGAACUUGAGAGUAGCUGAGAUUUGUCAUGACAGAACAUCGCUUCAAUGAUAUCUGGGGCCAUCAAGCGUCGUGAAUGAGUAUAAUGUCUAGACCCCCACUUUUUCAGCUUAUUUCAAUGCAAAAAACACUGUCUUUAUAUUCAGGCCAAUACGGGUAUAUUUUUUUUAACAUCCAGUGAAAAUGAUAAUAUGGACCAAUGCUAAACUAGAAAGAAAUAAUAAAGUUGUGUGUUUAUUAACACUACAGUGCAUGGAUUCCAUACAAAAUAUUUUUGUUCUUACAAAUACAGUGCAUUUAAACGCCUACCCACUAAAUACAUAGAACAACAACAAUUGACAUUCUCUGUAACAAAUUCAGUAAAUCUUCAAGUCUUGAGCACAAAAAUUUGAGAGAAGGAAGGAGUCAGACAUGCUCCUGAAGGGGGAAAAAAAAGGUUGUUAAUCCAAACAAUCGUUGAUUCAUUUUUUUCGCAUCGAUGUGACAUCAUCAAACAUUUAUGUACUCACCAUUGCAAAUGUACCUGGUGAGACUGUCACAUGAUCAAGGAUGGCUGAAUUCAGGUAUGUUUCCCCAUAAGACACGUCCUCAUCUUCACAGGUUUCCAUACCCACACUG